CACUGUAAAGUCAAGUUCAAAUUUGAAGCUGAUCCCCGAUAUAAACAGGUCAUUUAAAACGAUGAAGGCGCCUCAAAAAGAUGCUCUGGUUCUGCUGGACCGCCUCAGAAAAAUGAUUCCUCCGUUGUUGGAAACGUUCCAUAAGGGACAGGCAGGACGAGUUGGCGUCUUCGGCGGCUGUCAACAUUAUACGGGAGCUCCGUAUUAUUCCUCCAUUUCAAGCAUGCUUUUCGGUUGUGAUCAAAGCCAUAUUGUGUGUGAAAAGAAAGCCGCCAACGUAAUUAAGAGCUACUCGCCCGAUUUGAUCGUGCAUCCUUUCUUGCUUGAAAAAGCAACAGCUGGACCACAAGACAACAUCGACAAAAUUUUGGACCUCGUAAAGCCCAUAAUGAAGCGUCUGCACGUAAUUGUCAUCGGUCCUGGUCUUGGUCGUGAUGAAUGGAUGCUGGCUACGAUGGAGCGUAUCAUCACAUACGCUCGACAACAAAACAUGCCCAUGGUAAUUGAUGCUGACGGCUUGUUCCUCAUCCAACAGAAGCCUGAGCUCGUCUCGGGUUACCAUAACGUCGUUCUUACUCCAAACGUCAUUGAGUUCAAGAGGUUGUGCGACCGUCUUAACGUUUCACUCGAAGAAGAAGAUCCCUGUGCAGUAUUGGCACGCAAGAUGAAUGUGGUUAUUAUCCGCAAAGGCUUGCACGACACGAUUUCCGACGGCGAUACCACGUUCACUUGUACCCUCAGAGGCGGUCUGAAGCGUUGCGGAGGCCAGGGUGAUGUGAUGACGGGCAUUUUAGCUGCCUUCUUGGCCUGGAGACGUAUGUACUUAGAUGACGAAUGGAAGACUGAGGGCGAGAUGGGCCCACGCGAAUGUCUGCUUCUCGCUGCAUUUGGUGCAUGCGUAAGCACGCGUUUGUGCAGUCGUUUCGCUUUUGAGGAAAAGAAACGUGCGACACUCGCUACCGACCUCGUCAGUCACGUCGGAAGAGCGUACGAAACCGUUGCCAGUGGUGCCGUCGACAAGGAGUUUGAGUAGAGAGAGACACUCAACUUUGCAUAGACCAGUAAAGUUGGUUAUCUGUUACCAUGUGCAAACACAAGUUUAAUGAAAUAAAAAAAAAAACAUAAGAAAAACAGAAUCGGCAAAAAAGUGUGUGUAAAGUGGUUUUACGGACUGAGGGGAGGAGA